UCCGUUCCUUUUUUUUUCAGUCCUUAAAACUCCCGUUAGAUCUCUGCUAUCACAAAGAUGGGUAGAGAGGACAAGGCAUCCUGGAAGUCCAGUUACUUCACCAAGCUUAUCCAACUUUUGGAUGACUACCCCAAGUGCUUUAUUGUGGGCGCGGACAAUGUCGGCUCGAAGCAGAUGCAGCAAAUUCGUAUGUCGUUGCGAGGAAAUGCCGUUGUACUCAUGGGAAAAAACACCAUGAUGCGAAAAGCCAUUCGCGGCCAUAUCGAACGUAAUGCCGCUUUGGAGAAGCUCCUCCCUCACAUCAAGGGAAACGUCGGUUUCGUCUUCACCCGCGGAGACUUGGUCGAAGUCAGGGACAAGCUCCUGGAGAACAAAGUCCGUGCUCCCGCUAGGGCUGGAGCUAUUGCUCCAUUGAGUGUCAUCAUUCCCGCCCAAAACACCGGAUUGGGACCAGAAAAGACUUCUUUCUUCCAGGCUUUGAGCAUUCCCACCAAGAUUUCCAAGGGAACCAUUGAAAUCAUCAAUGACGUGCACAUCUUGAAACCCGGCGACAAAGUGGGAGCUUCAGAAGCAACUCUUCUGAACAUGUUGAACAUCUCUCCCUUCUCGUACGGUUUACUCGUCGAACAAGUCUACGAUUCCGGUACUAUCUUUGCCCCUGAAAUCUUGGACAUCAAGCCUGAGGAUCUUCGCGCGAAGUUCUUGGCUGGUGUGGCAAAUUUGGCUUCAGUGUGUUUGCAAAUUGGUUACCCGACCAUUGCCAGUGCACCACACAGCAUUGCCAAUGGUUUUAAGAACCUUUUGGCGAUUGCUGCUGUCACCGAUGUCGAAUUCCCAGAGGCUACGACCAUCAAAGAGUACAUCAAGGAUCCAAGCAAGUUCGCUGUUGCUGCUGUAGCUGCUCCGGCUUCUGCAGCUGCCCCAGCAGCUGAAAAGAAGGAAGAGAAGAAAGAAGAGUCUGAGGAAGAGGAUGACGACAUGGGAUUCGGUCUCUUCGACUAAAUCCAAAACGCCGAAGACGAGGACACGAAAUUCGGUCUCUUGGACUAAAACCAAGAAAAUGAAGUUCGAUGUCCCGACAAUCCAUGGAGCUUAAAAUGCUGCCGGUGUUUUAACGACUGUAUUUUGCUGCUGAGGAUUCAAGCCGACGUCCGAAUAAAGUACAGUUUUGACGUAAA